GUUGGAGUAUAAAAUGGGACUCAAUCGACAAUAUUAGUCCACAAGUGAAAAGAAACAAAAUCCUUGUACUAAACAUGGACAAGAAGCCGCAUGCAGUGUGUGUACCAUUUCCUGCACAAGGUCAUGUAAUACCAUUCAUGAAAUUAGCCAAAAUUUUGCACUCAAGAGGUUUCUAUGUAACAUUUGUCAACACUGAAUAUAACCAUAGACGUCUAAUCCAAUCCCAAGGCCCUGACUUUGAGAAAAGCUUCCAGGAUUUCAAAUUUGAAACUAUCCCGGAAGGAUUGCCACCAUCAGAUCGCGAUGCAACUCAAGAUCCUGUUUUGUUAUGUGACUCGAUAAGGAAGAACUGCUUGACUCCUUUUCAGGAUUUACUAUCAAAGCUUAUUUCAUCACCGGUCAUUCCACCAAUUUCUUGUAUAAUAUCAGAUGGGAUGAUGAGCUUUGCCAUUAAGGCAGCACAAGAAUUUGGCAUCCUUGAUGUCCAAUUUUGGACAGCCUCAGCUUGUGGUUAUAUGGGAUACCUUCAAUUUGAUGAACUAAGAAGAAGAGGGAUUAUCCCGUUUAAAGAUGACAGUUUCAUGGAGGAUGGUACACUGGAUACAAUUGUCGAUGGGAUUCCAGUAAAGAGCAACAUUAGGUUGAAGGACUUGCCAAGCUUUAUCAGGACUACUGAUCCAGAUGAUAUUCUGUUAAACUAUUUAGGCGAUGAAGCACAAAAUAGCUUGAAAUCUUCUGCAGUGAUCAUCAACACAUUCACUGAAUUGGAAUGCGAAGUCCUAGAAGCAAUUGAGGCUAGAUUCCCAAAUAUUUAUGUUACAGGUCCACUUUCAUUGAUGGAAAAAACUAUCCCAGAAAGCAAAUUGAGCUCAUUUAGGCCGAGUUUAUGGAAAGAAGACAAUAAAUGUCUUGAAUGGUUAGAUAAACAGGAACAAAGUUCAGUAAUUUAUGUGAAUUAUGGAUGUAUGACUUUAAUGUCAGACCAUCACCUGAAAGAAUUUGCGUGGGGACUUGCCAAUAGCAAACACCCAUUCUUGUGGAUCGUUAGGCCCGACAUAAUGAUGGGGGAUUCAGCCGUGUUGCCUGAUGAGUUUCUUGAAGAGAUUAAAGACAGGGGACUCUUAGCAAGCUGGUGCCCACAAAAUCAAGUUCUUUCCCAUCCAUCUAUUGGCUUUUUUCUAACACAUUGUGGAUGGAACUCUAUGAUUGAAAGCAUAGGUUCAGGGGUUCCUCUAAUUUGCUGGCCAUUCUUUGCUGAGCAACAAACAAAUUGUCAAUAUGCUUGUGCAGAGUGGGGAAUAGGUGUAGAAGUCAAUCAAGAUGUCAAGCGCGAAGAAAUUGAAGCAAUUAUUAAGGAUAUGUUGGAAGGUGAAAAAGGUAAGGAGUUGAAAGGCAAGGCGGUGGAGUGGAAGAAGAAAGCAGCAGAAGCAACUGAUAUUGGAGGGCCUUCAUGGAAACAUUUUGAUACAUUCUUGGAAAAACUUCUUCUUAACAGGGAAUAGCAUUGAAUGAAAACCUUCAUCCUUUUAAACAAACAAUUUCUAAGCAGGAGAAAAGCCUAAUAAGCAAGAGUUAGCUAAUUUUGUUUCCAUUAAAUAAAAAAUUAUCUUAACUGAAUCAGUAAAAGAAUACAGAGCUGAAUGUUAGUAGAGGCUUCGAGAUAGACAUAUGAGCUUUACCUUGUUUUCAAAUAAACUCACUCUUGAGUAUUAAGUUUUAUAUUUCAGACUACUCAAUUAUUUCAUUUUAACUUCCACAUUCAGCUAUCCUCAGUUAUUGUUUACGUAAAUCAUAGUGUCAUGCCAGAUCAUGAAUUGCUUUGAAUUACUUGUGGCUCUAAGCACCAUAUUACGAUUAGGGUGUAAGUUUAAAUGAAUGGUUCAUUGAUAAUUUUAACCCUUAAUAAUAAGGGAUAAGGGUCUGAAAAAUACCUCAACUUUGGUUGUUGCGAUACUAAACUUUCAUGGUUUCGAUGAUGAGCAUUAACAUCAUUGUUGGGUUGUGAAAGAAGAAUUAAAAAAAGGAUUUCAAUUUGCAAGUUAAAUCUGCAAAUUCAUACUUGCAGUAACGUUUUUGGACUUGCAAAAACAUGGCCAAUCAUUACACAAUGAUGGUCAAAUGAUUGUCAGUUAUGAAUAAAUCAUUAUAGAUUAAAAUGAAUAGAUAAUUGGGUUUAAGAAGUUCCAAUAAGUAAAGACAAAAAGAUUAUCAAUCUUUAUAAGGUAAGUCUACCAAACAUGAGAAUCAGGCACUCCGUUGCUACAAGGUUCACAACUUAGACAGUCAUAGCUUCUAGUACAUCUUUAUGUUAUGAAUACUAAUACUGUGUUUAAAAGAUAUGACAUAUUAAUGUACUUUGUAAAGUCUGAAUUAAUUUUUGUUGGUUAGUAUAUCAUGUAUCUAGUGAGAGCUUUGAGGUGUUACAGAUGGUAUGAAACCAAGACUCACAGGUAAUAGUAGGAAGACUUUUUUAAAUCUCGUUUAGUAUUGAUUCACUUAUGUCACUAAUUUUAAUAAUUUUCUCUAGUUUUGAGACUCUUCUCUUAAAACAGUGGUAUUAACCUAUGUGGGUUCAAUCCGUGUAAAGACUAAGGUGUUAAUAUAGAUUUGCAGAGCUCCAGUCAAACCUCUCUUCCUCUAGAAGAUUUCAUACAUCUUUGACAAGCAUGAACAGACGAAGCAUAAUCGCCCUGAAGUAGUUCGAUUUCAACCCCAAAAACGUUUCAAAUUAGAGAUCUUUUUGAAGAUUAAAAUGUCAAUGGUGGUAUCGAUAUCUUUUGGGAUUCAUUCCAUUGAAAUUUAGAUCUAAGAAAAGGUAUCUAAUUUAUUGUAAGGAAGCGUAAGAUGCAAUUGUGGUAACGAGGUUGAAUGGGUUUGAUGAAAAUACCAGUUUCAUUUAACUUCUCAAAUUGGAACGCAUAGAUGAAGAAGAACACUUUGGAGCUGCCGAAAAUUUCACAGUACCUUAUCGUCAUGUUUCUAUGCGAUUUCGAGCUUGGGAGCUCUUCUCCGACAUUGGAGUUUUCUUUAGAAAUUUCAUGUCUGUUGACUUCUUUCUUUUCCAGAUUUUACCUUGGACAUUUUACA